UCCAAAUGUUUUCCAUAUUAGUUCAGAGUCUCUGAUUCCAAAUAGCAGCCAUAGCUGUGUUUAUGGUGAGAGAGGGAAGGGAGGGAGACCGCAGGCGGGCUCAUACACCCCAAAGAGUAAAAGUCGUGUAGAGACACAGGAAAAGAAAGUGAAGGCAGAAAGAGAAAUGAGACAGACACAGAAAGAUUCCUCAGACAAGAAGGAGGGCAAGAAGAAGAGAGAAGAGAGCCCAACACCAGACGAUGGCCAUAAGUGCAGAGUCUGUCGUUUCCCUCUGCUCAUCGCUCUGCUCCAGCUGCUGUUGGGGGUGGCUGUCACAGCCGUGGCCUUCCUUAUGUUGGCUAUCAGUCCCUCACUUUUGGCCAGGGAGACUCCACACUGGGCUGGGAUCAUUCUGUGUUUAGUUUCCAUCCUGGGCUUUGUCCUGUACUGUAUCACCUAUGUCCCUGAUGAGAGAACAUCGAAGCAAUUCAUUGUCAAGCUCCUGUAUUUUGUCCUGUGCAUGAUUGGCCUGGUCAUCUCUGUGCUGGUCAUGGCGUUUGCUGCCCACCAUUAUGAGCAAACCAGCAGCUUCAUCUGCGAGCAGGAGGUAGAAGCCUGCGUCUGCAUACUCGAUAAAGAAGAUCUACUAGCUCGCAUCUUCACUUACGAGGGAGUCGGUGACUGCGAGGCGAUCACCGGUACACUCACACUUUACUUCCUGAUCCAGAUCUUCCUCAAUCUGGCCCAAGCGCUCAUCUGUGCCGUUGGUGCCUUCAUCAUGUGGAAGCACCGCUAUCAGGUCUUCUUUGCUGGUCUUCAGAUUGGCUCUCCCUCAACCCAGCAGUGGCAGAAAGUUUAAUUGAAGAUGGCAAAGCUCACGAGGUGCCUCUGGUCAGUCAGCUCAAGAGGGAGGUUGACUUAACUCUGGCGGACUGGAAUAUUUGUCUUUUUGUGUGCCUUGGCUUGUUUUCUGUCAGCAUUUCUGUCAGCCAAUCACGUGGCAGCAGCUCAAUGUAUUUAUGCUGGAAGUUGUACCAGCUUUGUAACAGCUUUUUGUAUUUUAUAUAAGUAAAGUUCUACUUUCAGUUUCCAAUUUUUAGUCCUUGAAAAGAAGUUGUAAAGUCAAAAGCAGCUUAUUGUGUUUUAUAUUUUUGUUAGUUAUGUUUUCAUCUCAUUCACAGAAAUUUCAUAACCACGAAACCUAAAACACAUCGAAUCGCGAUGUUCUUGUGUGAUGAUUUUCAAUUACAGAAUGAAACUGCCUCAAGAAUUCAAAAAGCAGUGUUCACACAUUAGCAAAUAUUAGUAAGAUGAAUCUUAAACCUUAAAAUGAAUGCUUUAUUUAUUGAUUACUGUAACAUCAUUAAAUCCCCUUUUAUUAAAGCCUUGUUUUAUAUUAUGUGCAUUUUGAGGUUCGUUUUCAGGUUUUAAAAAUUAAAAAAAAUCAUUUUUGAUGAAAGUCAUUUAGUUUAUUAAUUUUGCCACUAAACAUAUGCAGCUCGCUAAAUACAGACUUCACUCCCUUGAUUUAAAAAAAAAAAACGUUAUCAAAGUCCUUUUCAGCUGGUACAAGUAAACGCCACACAGUUCUGAGUGCAGUAGCAUAACCUGAGCAGGCUACACUUCAUAAGACUGGUUUCAGACUGAACUGGGCUGUGGUGGAAGGUGGCCAGCAGCCAGCAUGAGUCAAACAGCCUGUAGGAGUGGAACUGCUGCAGCCACAAAGAGAGGAGGGGUGAGACGGGGUGAGGAAAGGGGGGACUCAGACCGGCAGCUGGACUGAAGUGACCUAUGGUGAAUCAUUUCACAGUGUUUGAGCUGUGUUAGGAAGCAGGGAAAAAAAUAAAUGGUUUUUAUUUUUAAAUGAAA